GAUGGCUCUGGCUAUCUCCUCGCCGACACGGUGACGCAGAAGGAGGCCUUGACGAAAGGCAGUGCUGGAGCUGGUGAUGUGGACUUCGCCAGGGUGGCUUCCACUAGUAUUGCCCAGAGCGCGAAGGAAAAGUGCCUUCCAGUUCUGCAGGCAAACCAGGAUGUCUUCAGUGUGCUUGCGACCUACGUCGACAUGUGUGGAAAGAAGGUGGACCGAGCCACGGAGCUGAAGGACAAGCUGAAUGGUUCCGCGCAAAAGCGUGGCAUCGAGCUGGCUGCAGAGAUGGACCCGAAGAUCAAGGCCCUGGAGGAUCACUACAAACAGCUCCUACAGUUUCAGGCGGAUGCCGUCCUUGAUGCCGGAUCACCUCCUUCUAGGAAGACAAAGGAGGACUUGUUGAAGUGCUACGCGUCUUGCACUCGCCUGGACCUGGGCCUCAAUGCCCUGAUGAUUCGUGGAAGGACCAUCAAGCUGCCCAAGAAGCCGAGCACCGCAUCCCCGAAAUCUGGCAAGUCCAAGACUUCCAAGCCCAAGGGUAAGCCGGGGAAGAGUAUCUGUGCUGGGCAGCAGAACGAUCUCCUUGGUCGUUUGGCCUCUGGUCGGCGCUCUCGUCGGCAACAAGAAGAUCAUGACCUUGAUGCAGAAGCUGCUGGGGAGAUUCUGGCGAAGUACUUUAGUGGGGCAGAGUCUGCGAAAGGAGCAGCACACAUGGCUACACUGGUGUGCAAGAUUGGGGGCGGCCAACGAGAACUGGACCUACUCUACAAGUUGUCUGCUGCUGGUCGGAGCAGCUCGAAUGUGUGUCGAAACCUCCACCGCCUGAUUCAUCGAGAGGGCCUCACGAUCCCAGUCGAAAUCAGCUUCGUGAACACGGUUGUGCGGAAGCGCAGGCCAAUCGUGAGAAAGAUCGAGGUGUGCUAUCCUGUGAUCUACCCCAGCUCAUGGAUGAGAUUCUUACUGAAGAGUCACAGCCACCUCAUCCUAGGCGGAGUGCCCCUUGAGAAUCGAAAGGAAUGGCAGGCCUUGCUUUCGGAGUUUUGGCAUUUGUACAAGCUGACUGAUGAUAUACAUGUGAUGAACGGACACGAUGCGCCCCCAGCCAACUGCACGGUGCCACUAUACAUACAUGGUGAUGAGGGAAGGGGCAAGUACAAGUUGCCAAUCAUGGUGGAAAGCAUCCAGCCUUGCAUUUCGUUCCGGGGAACCAACUACAAAAACUCGAGUGGGUCUUUCACCUAUGCCGUCUCUAUUCAGAAGGGGUUCAGGCAGCUAGGCAUGGAAUUGGUGGAGACAUCAACGGGACCCAUCACGAUCCACUUUGCCGUGCUUGGCAUCAAAGGAGAUUGGGUUUACUUGAGGAAGGAGUGUUCGGUCGAGAUUUUUCUGAUGCUGAAAUACACUGUGGCCUGCGCCAACAACUAUUUCAGGACGCUUCACCACGAAGGCUUAUGGAUGGAACCGAAUACAAACCUUCUGGUUGCAAAAGCAGGAAACGAGAUGUGUGCUUCCCGGCAUUCGUGUCUAAUGACCCUCGAGAUACUGUAUCUCUUAUCUAGAGGUACUUAA